AUACAUAGAGAGCCAUGGUGCUGAUGUUGAGGCGUAUAUAAAAGCCUGGUGGGGUGCAGUUGACUGGAACAAGCUUGAUGUACAGUAUAUAAGGAAAUUCAGGCAAUGGUCAAACCAUCCGAUUCGACCCGAGCCUAUGCAUUCCCCAGAGCCAGUCAUACUGGACACAA